AUGGCUACGCCCUUAUCUUCAAACGUACGCUUGAAAGACCCUCGACAGAAAUCUUCCAAUCCCACGUUAUGCCACGGAGCGAUGAUUGGUAGAACCACUUCGCCCUCCUGGGCCACUCGCUUGCAUCUUCUGCGUAGCUCUAGUGUCUCGACUGGGUCGCACACCCCACCACGAGUACGGCAGAGCUCCCUUCCCAACCCGCUUCUACAGGAUCCUUUCAACUACGUCACCCUUGAGAAGCGAAUAAGUGAGAUCUACAGACGAUACCCCCGCAUGCACAAAGUACCAAUCCCGCCCCAGACCUUUAUCCAGGUGAUUGAGGCGUGCCGUGAGCUAGAAAAACAGACGGAAAGGUCGCAGAACUUUAAUUCCAGGCCGGUAUUUGUAUCUAAGGACAACCAGCCGAGUCUCAUGAAGUUGUUAGAUUUCCAGGGAAAAUACAAGAGUAGCGACGUGGAAACGAAACUAUUGGGCCGGUUUCUAGCCCGCUUCCACGUGGAUUUCUACGAAGGGCUAACCGCAGAGUCUCCCAUAAAGGCAUACAUCACAGGCGACCCAGUACCCGCGGUCGACCGGAUUAUUCUGGUAUUCCGCGACAUUCCCACGUUUUCUAGGGCGAAAAUGGAAACCAAGCUAGCGUUUACGGCUUUGCGGGUCUUGCUCCAGAAGCACAACGACUACUACAGUGCCUUCAAGUUGAUUGAUGAGACUGUCAAUCACAAGUACUACCUUUUGGCUAGGGAGAGUAUGCUUCUCCGCCAUACGAUCCCCAAGUUGGGGCUCUGGUAUGCCGGUUUCCAUGGAAUAAUCGAGAUAAGCUCCCUUUUGGCAGGUGUAGACUCCACCUUCUUGAUCCACUACAACAUGUUUAUGCUCUCAAUCGCUUACCUCUCGGCCACUGCUUCCUUCCUCAUGAUCAGCAACAUGCGCACCAACUUUCUCCUCAAUGGAAACAGGGUCCGGUGGCGAUCCAGUACGUCCAUCAGCUACCGCAUCUACCACCACAACGAGUUAAAGAUGAUGGACCGGAUUGUGGUUGCGUUUGAAGAAACUAUGGAGCGAAACCCGAUGAAUUUCCACUUAGGCCGUGACUGGGUGCUCCAGGAUAUCCUCAGCCAGCAGAUGUUGCAGCAGGGGAUCAUCCUUGAGGAGGACGUUUCGAGUUACCAGCAAGAGGAGCAGCGUCGUCUGGAGAUUACCGACCCGAAGAUUGACAAGUUGCGGAAACACAUCCACCACCAAUUGCGCACCCGCCGAAUGAUGCUCCAGGAAGACGAACUUGAGUCUAUGUUCAAGGAGUACUGGAUGAAGGGAGGUGAUGGGUUUGAGUGGGCGGAGCCUGACCAGGAUCCUGCGGAAAUGGAGCGUGUACUGAAACAGGUGGGCACCCAAACGGAACCGCGCCCAGUGACGAGGCAGAUUUGCUGAAUCUUCUGUGCACUUACAUACUAGAUUUGACCAGAUAGAGGAAAGAUGUUGAGUAGACAUUGAGUAAGCAUACUGAGCAGACGGAGUAAACAAGUUUCAGGAGAUCGUGCUUUAACAGGUGAGCUCCAUCUCAACUUACAAGGCUGGGCA